GCUUCCUAUCAGCUCGGCCCAGCCAAAAAGCCAGCCAGCGCCAGCGCCCUUUCGCCCGCGCCUGCCGCGCCUCGCCAUUUCUUGCGCCUCUCCUCCAAGUUCUGAGCGCUAGAACUCAGCAUCCAGCCAUGAAAGCGAAGAGUAGUGCCAAGGGCAGCAUGUUCCAACGUCAGAGCACCUUCCAACCGCAGGAGUCCGACAUCUUAAGUGCGCUCGAUGAACGCUUCGAAGAGCUCGAGGAAACCAUAAUUUUGGCAUCCUUGGUGCCGCAGCUACAUGAACGUAUCCAUGUGCUUGAAGAGAAGCUCAAGAUUCACUCGAGCCCACUCAAUGAGGCCGGCGGAUCCAAAUGGAAGGCUCUGAAGAACCAGAUGACGGACCCGCCGAUUGGUCCCAAGUGGGGUCCCGAAGAUGUCUCCCCUCAACGCAUCGUGCCACCGGAUGAUGAAGUCAAUGGUGAAGAACUGGAGAACAACACCAAUGUGAAAGUGGGUGUGGAUCGUAAUGUCAGUGACCUGACCGCUAUGUCCACUGCUAUGUCCCUGAAGGGACAGCGCCGGGAUGUGAAGAAGAUCACGGAAAUCUCACGAUCCAAGGUGAAGGAAAUGGAUGAGAAGACCUUGGAUACUCAGACCACUGAGUAUUACACCUUUGGUGAAUCCACUUGGGACUUGGUCAUCUUCAUCGGUACCGGUGCCUUGGGGCCCUUUGGCUCCUUUCAAACGGUCCUCUUGGCCAUCGUGAAUGUGCUGAUGCAGGUGGUCUUCGUGGCCAUUGCGUAUUACAACUUCACCACGCCGGACAUCAAUGACAGCUCCAUUGUUGACACUCUCAGGUGGAGGAGAUCCUCCGGGCAUUCUUUUGGUGACUACAGUACGGAAGCCAAGGAGUCGUUGGUGCAUCGAGUGUGCAAGGAAGACAAGUCCUUGGCAUCCUCCGGGCUGCAAGUUGGUUUACUUCAGAACAUCAACAAGUACCUGAAAUUGGAAGCUGAGGGAUUGGAAGGUUUCUUCACGGGACAGAUUCUGUGCAUUGUGGCGCUGAUUUGUUGGUAUUUGAUGGUGGCCAAGGAGGUGAGCCACGCCUUGGCGUUGCACCGUGGUAUUAUGGCCAUGCGCCGUGGCCCCACCAAGCUGGACACACGAGAGAAUCCCUUUACGCAGGUCACGCACUAUCGCUUGAGGGCGGUAUCGAUGAGUCGGAAACUCUUCAGUGGUUUCCUCCUCCUUUACCGUUUACUGGCAGCCACGCUCUUGGUCAUUGUGGGGACCACAUUCUUGGUCUACACGGUGAAUGUGACCGAGUUAAUCCUCAAUGCUGUGGCUCUGGGCAUCAUCUUGGAUAUCGAUGAUUUACUCUUCGAUGCCUUGGCUACAACACCAGGUCGACAUUUGGUUCAUCAACUGGACCCUUUGCACAUGCCAUCCAUGCCUCGAGUGAGGGGUGCUGAUGCCAAAUCAGUCUUCAUGAGUGUCUUCAUUCCUGGGCUCACCAUCUUGGUGUACUACUUCAUGCUCGAGCCCUUUGUUGGAACCUUGACCCAGGUCAAGAGCGCCAUGUGCGGUGGAAAUCAGAACUUCGUGUGGAGCACGGACAAACGCAGGAUCACCCACUUGUCACCGACCUUCGGUGGUGGCUGGGAAGAGGAAGAGGACAGCAUCAAGACGGAUGCCAUUGUCGAGGGUGAGACCAUUGGAUACGGCUUGUCCAUGAAUGAAACCCGCUUUGGUGUCUGGGUGAGUGAUGUGACGGUGCUCAGCGACUUGGAGGCCGCAGACCUGGAUGAUUUGAUCGAAGAAGGAAACGUCGCUUGUGGAGAUCUGGGAAAUCAAGAGCCCUUGUUGAACUAUUUGAGAUACAUGCUGGGCAACGAGAGCAUUCAGUCGUGCGCGGAUGUCACCAUGCACUGCAGCUCUAUCACCAAGAUGCCCGAGUUUGCCCUGGAUGGUGGAGUCGGAUGGUCCACGCGGAUGUUGUGCUCUGAAAGCUGCGGCUGCCAGAACCCCGGAGGAGACUUCAUCAACGUCCAAGGUUGUCCCUACAACGACGGAGAGUGCAAGGCCUCGGUUCCCUUUCAGGAACACAAAGAAAGUGGUUUGUGCUUGGACCGAAAUGCCUCCACGCUCCGAGAGUUGGGAUCUUGGAAAGAGUGGAUCAAGACUAUCCGAUCCUAUGGCGAAUCGGCCUCGGAUCUCUUAAGUGGAAAGUCUGAUGCCCUCCUCUUGGCACAGGCCAUGGAGGACAAUGGCUGUGGCUUUUUGUCCAACCUGAGUGCGCAGAACAUCUCCUUGGGCGGAUGCUUCAGUUGGGACAACAGAUUCACUUGGGAGUUCAAGACGCUUGAGUUCUUUUGCCCCAUCACAUGUGGAUGUUCAAGCGACAACUCCCAGCGCUCUGGCUGUCCAGAACCCUUUGGCAAAAGCUGCGAUCAGCUCAGUAGGUCACGAUGUCUCACCUGGAACGAUCAGCAUUUUUGUCCAGGCUUCAAUACAGAGAUCAUCUAUGCGCUGAUGAUGUAUGACUACUCUUCACCGGACGUGAUGAAUGCCAACAAAGAAGCCGCUCGUUUGGCCUUCCGUGAAGCCUUUGCUCAAUAUGCCGGUCACACCGAAGCCAUCGAUGUGAACACCGUGACCGUGGACUUAGGCUGGCUUGGCUUUGUCUAUGCCAGAGUUUAUCUCACCGACUUGGCAACGAUGAAUUCCACCGAAAUGACUGCGUCCCUUUACUCAACUCCACUGGAAGAUUAUCAGGCGGCGGUCGACGCAAGUUUGCUCUCCUCGGGAGUGACGCUGAGUGAUCUUGCACUCACACUCAGCUUUGCUGGCGAUCCCAAGGGUCCCUACGGCGGCUACGGCUACGGCUACUCCGACUAUGCGGCAUAAGACGAGCGGAGCCGGAGCGCCAGGCCAGCGGCCCCCGGAUCUCCGCGGCCACAGCCAUUCGCGACGCAGAUGGACGUGUGGCGUGGAGGGAGACGCGUGUCGCGCUGAAAGCCAGCGGCCAGGCCAUGUCGUCACACGACUGUGGCGGAUGGAUUGGUCGAUCGAGAGACCGGAGAUAGAGAGUGCAACGUGACCCUUUGUCUCCUGAGUCACCUUUGUCUCCAUUUAUUUCUUUUUUAAUGCAUAGAGUCUAGAGCGCCGGAGAACAUGGGGUUCUACUCCAAUCUCCAAGAGAUUGAGGGUUGAACUUGGACUUGGCAAAUUGCAGUUUCGAUGGGAGAACCA